UGCUUUGUGUGUUCGUGUGUUUGUGUGUUUGUGUGUUUGUGUGUUUGUAGUUGGAGGAGCUCAGCCCGACACAGAGCAGAAGAGAUGCUGCAGCAUGAUAAUAAAAGAAACCAAAACAUGAAGAAAACUAAUAAAAAACACGUUUCUUAGUUUCAGGUGAUUAUACACGAAUGAAAUCAUAGUGCUGAAUAUUGUUUUCCAUUUCUGAGACAUAAUACUGAGGUGUGGUUAAGCUGUGUUGAUAAGGACUUCAUUGUAAGGCGCUCGCGUACCAACUGAAGUUAUCACAUGAAGUGACGAGGCUCACCAGUGACGGCUCACCAGCAGGUGAGUGAGGGCUGCGAGUUGAGUCAGCAGUGAAAGUGCUGCUGCAGACACACUACAGCUGCACACCUCUCCAGCUCAUGAACUUCUGGGGAAGACCUGCACUGUUGUAUUGCGGUGAUCCAUCCAUCCAACAACAAGCUACACUGAACUGAAGUAACAUAUCAAGGAUAAGGAGAGACUAGACCACUUCCACUUCCACACUCUUCUGUUUUCUCUUUUCUGCCCCCGACUCCUGUUGCCUCUUCUGAGCUCAUUCUUUCUAAAAUGGGUCAGACCCAGUGUUGCCACUGGCACAGCCUGCUAUUACUCCAAGAGCUGGCUGUUGCAUUGGCUGAACUUUAGUUGAUGUAGAGCCACUAAUUGAAGAUCUGUCUCCCAGAGCAGCCUGCUCUCAGCAAUGGUGCAUAAAUGACAUUGAAUUUGUAAAUUAUUUGCAUAUCAUUCUGCGUGCAAUAAGCCUUUUUUGCCUUUUGCAUGUCAUUUGUAUGCCAAGUCUCUACUGACUGCAAUGUAAACACAUCACAACUAGUGACGUAAUGUAGAAUGUGAGAGAGCGCUCAUGGUGGACAUGUAGUGCUCCUCUUUCAGUAAACUGGUCUGUUGCAGGUGGGUGACCAGAUCAUGGAGAUCAACAGUCAGAGCUUUCUCACCAUCUCCCAUGAUGAGGCAGUUCAAAUCCUCAAAACAGGACGCCACCUGCUGGUGAAGGUGAGGGAUGUUGGUCGUCUGCCUCAUGCACGCACAGUGGUGGAUGAGACCAAAUGGAUCUGCAGUCAGGCCAUAGCUGAAACCAAUGCUACAGCUGUCCCGAGUUCUGUCACCAACCCCACUGUCAAUGCUGGCAUCCAGGGUAGUGUCAGCGCCAGUACCUGCAGUUCAAGACCAUCCUCAGCCAAAAUUACACCUGUAUUAGGAAAGGUAAGAAUGGAAGCCGUGCAUCACCGCCCUCUGCAUACAUGUUACCACUCUUCAAGCUUCAUGUACUGAUUCUACACUCAAACUCUCACAUCUGAGACUUACAGGUGGGACUUUAUUGAUUCAAUUCAUUCAUUUAACGACUUUGUACUAGACAAAAUCAAAGCAGACCUGCAGCUUGAGUUUGACUUUACCAUUAUUAUCCCGUUUAAUUUGGGAUGACUUAAUAUCUUUCCCAAGACCAAAGAUUUUUAAACUAUUAUAAAACUACAUUUUGCUUAGAACUGAUGUACUUUUAAUAGAAGUGUCACAAUUUCAAACUUCAAAAUGAAAAGCAGGGUCUGCAACUUCCUUCUAGCUUACGGGGAGCCUGCGACUGCACGUUUUAAAACAUGGCCAUGCCAUAUUAGGAGAUGACGGAGAAGGUUUCUCAGCGUGCUCACCCGUGCGUCUUCAGCUGCUUCUCAGAAUGUUGCAUUGCUCUUUGUUUCAGCGGUUGUUUUUUGUUGUUUUGUGUUUUCUUCAACCUGAACUGAUUCUCCCCGUUUCAGGAGACAUUUGAUGUUUAGUUUUUUUGUUCCCAAUCAAAUAUCUUUCAUGCUGUCAUCAGCAGAGUUCAGCUAGCAGGUCUGGUCUUUCUGUCUCUUUAGAGAGAUCUAUGAUCUAGUGGCUCUUCUUCUUUUCUGUGUUGAACAGUUUGUUCCCAGUGGACUGUUAAAAGAAGUUAAUACUAUUAGAUUACAUUAAAUGAAAUAUCUAAAUUUGACCAUCAGGUCUGGUACAUUCCCCACAAUCAGAAUCAGAAUCAGAAUCAGAACUGUUUAUUGCCAUGUAUGUUGAACAUACAAGGAAUU